AUGAAACGAAGUGGCUCUCGGCAACACGACUCGCUGUCUCGCUGGUGGCAAGACUGGCAGCGGGCGAGUGAGCCUGCCGGACUGGAAACGCUUCGCCUUGCGCUGGCGGAUUUGCCCGAGCGACAGGGUCCGCGAAUCACUGAGUUAACGCAGUGCCUGGAGGUGCUCAAUGAGCUCCAGGCCGACAACGAAUGUCUAGCGGGUGUCUGUGCCUACUACCGGGUUGACUUCCAGCCGGGCGGACUGACCGAUCUUGAAUCGGUGCCCGACAGUGUGCUGCAACUUGCGGCAGAGCUGUUGGAAAUCGAGAAACUUGAAGCGGCUCACAACCCCGAUAGUGCGAGCAAUGCUGCUGAGGGUCUGCGCAGGUUGUUAUUGGCAUUGGUUAAAGACGUGCGCGUCGUUCUCAUUGUCGUGGCCCAGAGAUUGGUUCGGUUGCGCGCGAUGGCCAGUGCGAGCGCCAUCGAUCGGGAAGGCUAUGCUCGGUUGGUUCGGUCAAUUCAUGCGCCGUUGGCCAAUCGGUUGGGCAUCUGGCAGAUCAAAUGGGAACUGGAAGAUUGGGUUUUUCGCUACCUCGAACCCAACACCUACAAGCGAAUCGCUCGUUUACUGGCAGAACGCCGCGCCGACCGCGAACGCUACAUUGAGACUCUGAUCGCCAAUGUCGAUAAGGCCUUGAGCGAGGCCGGAAUCACGGCGGAGAUCAAGGGGCGGCCUAAGCACAUCUUUAGUAUCUGGCGGAAGAUGCAGCAGAAGGGAUUGGCUUUCGACGAGGUGUAUGACGUUCGCGCGAUUCGCAUUUUGGUCGACGACGUGACUCAAUGUUAUGCGGUGCUCGGUUUGGUUCACAGCCUGUGGCAACCAAUUCCGGGUGAGUUUGAUGACUACGUCGCCAACCCUAAGCCAAACAUGUAUCAAUCCCUACACACCGCUGUUUUCGGACCGAUGGGUAAGCCGGUCGAAGUCCAGAUCCGCAGCCAAGCAAUGCAUCAGCAUGCCGAACUGGGUGUUGCCGCGCACUGGCAGUACAAAGAGGGUGGGCAUCACGACCCCGGCUAUCAGAAGAAGCUGAACUGGAUGCGACAAUUGCUCGAGUCGGGUGCCGAAGAUGAUGACGUGGAGCUACUGGAAGAGUUCGGCCGAUCGACGGAAGAGGGGCGGGUCUACGUGCUGACGCCACGCGGUGAUGUGGUCGAUCUGAGGGGUGGGUCUACCGUGCUCGACUUUGCCUAUCAUAUUCAUACUGAUGUUGGUCACCGGUGCCGUGGCGCCAAGAUUAACGGCCGCAUCGUCUCACUGACCUACCAGCUGAACAAUGGCGAACAGGUUGAAAUUCUCACCACAAAACAACCUGAGCCUAGUCGGGAUUGGAUGGUGCCGAGCUUAGGUUAUUUGUGCAGCCCGCGCGCCCGCAACAAGGUCCGGCAGUGGUUCCGUAGGGUCGACUAUGAUCGCAACGUCAGCGACGGCAAAGACCUGCUCGAGCGAGAACUCAAGCGCCUGGGGGCCGGCGCGGGACAAUUACAACCGGUGGCCGAGAAGUUCAACUUCAAAGCAAUCGACACUCUCUAUGCGGCGGUGGCACUUGGCGAAGUAAGCCCUGCACAAGUCGCCAACGCAUUGCAGCAAAUGUCGGUCGCGAGCGAGGCCGAUGAAGAUGUACUGCCGCUGACGCCAUCCAAGGCCCAAUCGUCGUGGCAAGGACGAUAUUACGAUUGA